AUGUUGAAAGGAAAUGGAUUGUCGGUUUCGCCGCAGCUCACGGUCAGUGUCAAUCAAGAUGAACUUGAGACAUUGAAAAAUUAUAAGCUGAAUGCUGAAGAUUCAACAGCAAGUUUUAACAAUGGAACUAAAUCAAAGCUUGCUGAGCACUUUCAAGCGGAUCUGAUUUACAACGGACUACGUGCAGCAGCUGCUGAUGGUGCUUUGAAACAACGUGAAAUUGACGGUAUAUCGGCAUUGGCAAAGAAACUCGGUAUGGCAGAUGAAAAAUUUCAAGAUAUUCUAGCAUUAUAUAAAGAAGAGGAAGACGAACGACAAAAACGAAUUGCAUUUCUCUUCCCUAAACCGUACGGUGAAACUGUUGCAGCCAUUGAUCAUCACUAUGGACGUUAA